UAACGUCAUUUGUGUCUGUUUUAAAAAUGAAACGCCUCAAAAUCCGAUUGGAUGAUUUAAAUGUAUGUAGGGCUCUUUUAAAAUACCAGAAGUGCUUUUUUAAUGUGCGAAUGGCAACCGGUAGUUUACGUUAGAAGUUUGGGAAAUGUAGUUUUUCUGCUGAGUAGCAACUCUUACGUCACAGUUCGACCACGUAGCUAGCUAGCAGCAUUUCGCAACAGAAACAGCGCAGAAUGUGAGAGUUUCUUUUAAUUAAAACGAGGAGAUAUUGACUCUAAAACAGUUACGGCCUUAUUGUUUAUCGUACAUAAGAUGAAGGAGACGUUGUAGUUCUUAGUGGGUCUUCUGGUUUAGUUCAUGUUUCUCGACUUGUCGCUUGGUUCAACUUAUCGUCAGCAGAACGGAAGUUUGGGGAAUCACUGUUCCUGUCACUGUCCAUCAGGGAUGGCGGGGGAGAGAUGUGGAGAUGACGUCUCAGAUUACCUGAGCCAGAACCCGCAGCUGGCCCAGUGGAUCGAGUCGUUCCGGGGCUACUGUGAGAGCAACAAGCAGUGGUCUGCUAGGAGGAAGUUCCUCCUGAGGAACAUGGAGGCUUUCUCCACAGUGAAGCCGGGGAUGUCCAGCAGCAGUUUGGACAGGCUGUUGUCUCUGUCCAUGGUCUGGGCCAACCAUGUCUUCCUCGGGUGCAGUUAUCCGCAGGCUGUCAUGGACAAGAUCAAGGAGAUGGGCGAGGGGAUAGCAGUCCAGGAUCCUCCUGUUCACAAAACGACAAAAGAUGGAAUCAUGGCCAAAGGAAAGCGGAGCGCCACAGAUGAGGGAGAUGCCGACGGCUGUGUGAAGCGAGCCAAAGCUACGCCUAAUGAGCUCGAAAGUCGGCCUGCCGGGAGGACCGCCACGUGGACCGUGACUCAAAAAGCCGGGCCGCCUCCUCAGGCUCCAGCAGAGCACCAGCCCUUCUUCAACCGCCUCUACAAGGCCGUGGCAUGGAAGCUGGUGUCGGCGGGGGGCUUCGGCCCCAACCUGGACCACUUUGAAAUCCUGCGGAGCUGCGUGGAGUCGUGCAAACAGACCCUGACGUGUGUGUUUGUGCCGCUGAAGGACAUCACGGGCCUCCCCGCGGCCCGCACACAGAAGGACGGUCACGUGUGUGAAAUCCGCUGUCAGACAGUCUACAUGGGCACAGGGUACGGGCGGGAUGAGUCCGCCGCCAAGGCCAUGGCUUCUAAAGAAGCUCUGAAAGUCUUUCAGGGACGAAAAGUGACAGUCAAGAUCUGCAGGCGGCGGUACAAAGGAAGGGACGUGGAGGACCUGAUGCUCCUGGACGAACAGCCUCGGAGUCAGGGCUUCCCCCCCGCACUCAGCUGCCCGUUUCUAGACGAGCAGCUAGGUGUCGGCUCUUCGUAGAGAACAUGGAGAACUGUCGAGACCAGAUUGUUAGUUACCCGACCGCCUUGUUUAAACCUGCUUUGCUUUGGUUUCAGAGCAAAGAGUAAAACAUGUUUGUAGGAAAGCUGCCCUAAAUGUACAAAAAUGGCUUCAUAACUCAUUAGUUUCACUUUGUUAGACUUUAAUGAACAUCAACAAGCAGACUGAAAGUCCAUGUGAAAACCGCCCAGAACCAGGCCCAGUAAAUUGCCAUGUUUAUUUAGUUCUGCUCAGCUCAGUUAUUUCCUCCUGUCAGAAGCAGCACAGACCUAUUCAUUUAUAACAGACUGCUGUGUUUCUAGAGUCUAACUGAUGAUUCACAGGCUUACCUUGUUUAGUACAAAUAAAACUGUCACUUUAACUUUAGUUUCUAAACAGUUUCAGCUUUUUUAGUGGUUGACGUGACAGAAAACAUCAAAACGGUGCAUUAAUGUCGGUUUUAUAAGUUAGAAUUGAGAGAUGCUCAGAUUUCCUUUCUAAUGGUUAACAGGUUGUUGCACCGUUUUCCUUCCCUUGUCAUCUGCACUUUAAUUAUUUUCCAUCAGGGGUGGACUUCUCUGAAGUUCUCUGGCGCCACUAAACUUGAUUUUCUUUUUGUUUUAUUAAAAAACAAAAGUUAAAGGUUCAGACAUUUGUGUUCAAAUGAUUAGAAUGAUGACGUGAGGGUCUCCAGUUAUUUCAGAUUCUCCAAAAUCUAAAAGACUUCGGCGGCGACCUGCCGAGGUGUAAGGAUGUUGGAGUUUGUACGGGAAAGAUUCCUCAGAGGGUGAAGUUUGGUUUCCAGUCUGGUUUGAUGCUGACAGAGUUUUCUUUAAGGAAUAUUUCUGAUGUUAGUGUGUGUUAACACCUGUGCUCCUGUUUCUAUAUAUUUUUAAAUAAAAUUUAACCAAGAAA